GAGAACCUGCUGUGUCCUGCAGAACCAAGGCAGUUUAGAACGUCUGGUAUUUUUUAAAAGUUCCUCAGAAACGGCCGAAACUUGCAGCGCUUGUACUCUGUUUAUUAAAGCAGUAUUACUUGUACUGUACGAGACCACCGCAGGACUAUAGCACAGAGUCAAGGAGCCUAGAGCCGUCCUGGUCGCAGGUGCCAACAGGAGAAGCCUUAGCGCCAUCCAAGCGCUGGACAUCAAGAAACAGAAACAUAAAUGUCAAAGCGCGGGGCUGCUGAGCGCGACUAUGCUGCCACGCAAAGCAAUCUUCGGAGGGCACGCGUGGAGGUCCGGAGAGUGGAUGCCAUUCAAAUUCUGAUGGCCGCGGCUCGCGCUCGCAGUGGCCAAACGAGCCAGUCCCCACAAAUGCCCCAGCCUCAACCAACAACAGCUGCCGCCACAACAACGACCUCCACCGGCGCCGCGCCGCAACCCCAGCCCCAACCCCAGCCGCAGCCACAGGCUCCCCACCAAGUGCAGCCUCCGCCGCUGCCUGCCGCCGCCCAUGCAGCAGCGCCAGCAGCAGCCCUCCCUGCCUGCACAACCGCAGCGGCGCCUUGCACGCACUGCGGCGCUGUGCUGCCUGUGUCGUCUGCCGCCUGCUGCCUGAGGCAGUGCAGCGGCUGCUACGACGUGUUCUGCGCGCUGUGCUCGGUGCCCGACUACGAGGAGCGCGAGGACCGCGUGUUCUGCUUCGGCUGCCUCGACGAGCAGACCGCCGCGUCCCGGCGCGGCGGGCAGUCCAGCGCCACGCCGCGCGCCGCCGGCGGCAACAGCAGCGCCGCGGGCGGCGGGGCCGGCGGCGGCGGCGGCAGCUCGCUCACGUGUACCAGCCUGUCCAUGUCCAUGGCGCUGCCCUCGGGCGGCGCCGCCACCGGGGGCCGCUGGGGCCAGCUAGACACGCUGUUGGGUGUGGGCGGUGCCGCGGGCGGCCGCAGCCCCUUCCCAUGCAGCGCCACCCGCACGCCGCAGCACGGCGCCAACGGCGGCUCAGCGGCGGGCGGGGGAGCGGGCGGCGGCGGCGGCAGCCGCACGCCGGGCAGCGCCAUUUACAGCAACCGUAGCCACCGCGGCUUCUCGGCACUGCUGGCAUUCGGCGGCGCUGGGUCGUGAGCCGGCCUUGUUUGGGAGUACAGCACGAGUGGAGGGGAUUCUGUAAGGAGUAUGUUUGAACGGCAGCUUCGGCGGCUCAAUGCUUCCCCCGGCAGCCGCCUGAAGUCUUACGCCGCCUUAUGGACGACGUCUCGUGCAUACGAGGUCAGGCAGCGUAACACUAGGUGUGGCGGGUAUUGACAGUUGUAUGUGCCAAGACAGGGAGCGGGAGGGGGAGCGUGUCAAGCGGCCAUUACUGACGGAUGAUGUGAGACGUGGCGGAGGCUAGGGAGGAGCCGUGCAUAUGCGCAACGCCAUCAAGGCUCUGAAUGAACCGCAUAUGGAUGCGAAUUACAAUUGAAGG